AUGGCGGGUAAUUGGCUAGUACUUGGGGAUAAAUAUGCUCAAGAUAUGAUAUAUAAUAUCCUACAACUACAGCUUUGGAAUAACUACGUUUUAGAUAUGGUAGUACUUGGGGAUAAAUAUGUUCUGGAUUUGAUAGAUAAUAUCCUACAACUACAGCUUGGGAAUAACUACGUUCCAGAUAUGUCAGGUAAUAUGUUAGUACUUGGGGAUAAAUACGCUCUAGAUUUGAUAGAUAAUAUGCUAGAACUACAGCUUAGGAAUAACUACGUCAUAGAUAUGGCAAGUAAUAUGGUAGCACUUGGGGAUAAAUACGCUCUAGAUUUGAUAGAUAAUAUUCUACAACUACAGCUUGGGAAUAAAUACGUCAUAGAUAUGGCAAGUAAUAUGGUAGUACUUUGGGAUAAAUACGCUCUAGAUUUGAUAGAUAAUAUUCUACAACUACAGCUUGGGAAUAACUACGUCCUAGAUAUGGCAGGUAAUAUGGUAGUACUUGGGGAUAAAUACGCUUUAGAUUUGAUAGAUAAUAUGCUAGAACUACAGCUUGGGAAUAACUACGUCAUAGAUAUAACAGUUAAUAUGGUAGUACUUGGGGAUAAAUACGCUCUAGAUUUGAUAGAUAAUAUGCUAGAACUACAGCUUGGGAAUAACUACGUCAUAGAUAUGGCAGGUAAUAUGGUAGUACUUGGGAAUAAAUACGCUCUAGAUUUGAUAGAUAAUAUCUUACAACUACAGCUUGGGAAUAACUACGUCAUAGAUAUGGCAGGUAAUAUGGUAGUACUUGGGAAUAAAUACGCUUUAGAUUUGAUAGAUAAUAUCUUACAACUACAGCUUGUGAAUAACUACGUCCUAGAUAUGGCAGGUAAUAUGGUAGUACUUGGGGAUAAAUACGCUCUUGAUUUGAUAGAUAAUAUGCUAGAACUACAGCUUGGGAAUAACUACGUUCUAGAUAUGGCAGGUAAUAUGGUAGUACUUGGGGAUAAAUACGCUCUAGAUUUGAUAGAUAAUAUCCUACAACUACAGCUUGGGAAUAACUACGUCCUAGAUAUGGCAGGUAAUGUGGUAGUACUUGGGGAUAAAUACGCUCUAGAUUUGAUAGAUAAUAUGCUAGAACUACAGCUUGGGAAUAACUACGUCCUAGAUAUAGCAGACCCACCAGAGGACCCAUUUCUUGAAAUCGAUGGAAAGAAACUACAUUCUCAAGCAACAAUAUCGGUUAAAGAACUGACCCUUUUAUCUGUUAAGUGCGUGGCUCGUUAUGCUGUACCCCCAGUGCAGCAAAUCCACUGGUCUUUAGACACAACAAACAUUUCCUCCAAUAGCGAACUUCUGGUUGAAUUCCUCCCGGAAGAGAAUACAUACGUUAGCUGGAGUGUGGUGACAUUUAAUGUGACAAGAACAUUUCAUAAAAAGGACCUCGUUUGUUACGUCCAUCACGAGUUGUGGCCUCAAGCUGUCGCCGUCAGUGCCUCCCUGGACGUUUUGUAUGUACCAUCAUUUUCCAUUAGUCGGGAACCACCGUUUGGAUUUCCUGUAGUCGAGGGUAUGUCCGUAUCUCUUCAGUGUGACAUUGACGCUAACCCUCCAAGCGUUGCGAAAUGGCUUAAAGACGAGGGAUCCUCGCCUUUAGCGUCCUCUGUGGACGGUAUUCUGAACUUUACAUCCAUCAGCAGGCACAAUUCUGGUUGGUACAAGUGCACGACAGAGAACCAGUUUGGAUCUUUUUCGUCAUUUGGCUAUUUUUUAAAUGUUCGGUAUGGUGCUGAAAUUGUUCAACAACCUCCUGAUGUUCUCGAAGCUGAUGCAGGCGAUCCUUUCCGAUUAGAAUGUAAAGCUGAUGGCAAACCGCCCCCAUCUUAUUGUUGGACAAGAAUUAGAGAAAACAGUCGACUAGAGGGCGUUAGUAUUGAGAAAGACUUAUUGUUGGAUACCGUUCUCUACUCUGAUGCUGGACAGUACAAAUGUAUCGCUUCUAACACUAUUGGACGAAGAUUGUAUACAGCUCAAACAAAAGAUAUCAAUGUCAAAGUAAAAGGUAGACCUGAGGUUGAUCCUGUGAACAAAACAUUAAAUGCUAUAGCAGGAAAGUCUGCAAAGCUCUUUGUUCGAUUCUGUGGUAAUCCCCGUCCAUAUCGUGCCAUCUGGAUCUUACGUCACCUAGCACUCAGUCCUGGAGAUACUAUCUUGCCUUAUAUAGCGCACAAUGCAACAGUGAGUGUAUGUGUGUGUGUGUUUGUGUGUCAUUAUCAAUUUGUAAUAUAAGAAUGAACCAGGUGACAGAAACUUUUAAUCACAACAUAUCAUGUCCACUCCUUAUCCCACAAACAAAACCUACUAAAGUAACC